AUUUAGUAAAAUGUAGAAAAACGUAUCUUAUUUUAAAAUCAGAGAAUACUUAUACUGAUGUGCUCCUAAAAUAAUCGAUUACCUUAAAUAAAUAACAUAAAUAAGUCGUCCACAACUAAAACUAAAAUAUCGGCAUGCGCAGAAGAUGUCAGUAAAAGGCAAACAAGUCGGUUACGGGCAGGACUAUUCAUUACCAGAAUCAAGAUGCCGUGCAAAGGAUGUGAAAAAGAAUGCAAAUGCACUCCGGAUAAAUGUGAUGAACAAUGCAAGUGCGCCAAGGACAAUAAGUGUAAUUGCCAUGCCGGCAAGGAUGGAAAGACUGAAGGGGCGCCACCAAAGUCCUGCUGCAGCGGAGGCAGCGAAGAAAAGAAGUGCGGCAAUUAGACUGAGUAUAAUAUUUAUGAAAAUAAUACCGAUUUGAAAACUGUAUUCGUAUAUGCCAAUAAAUACUUAAAACUGCGUUUUUGAAAAAUCA